GGACCAAUGGUGGAAUGUGUCUACUGUGCAGAGAUAUUUAGCUUCUCUGAGAUUCAAGGCCACAUUGACUGUUGUGAGAAAAAAAAUAAUUCAGAUUCAACUGCUGAAGAAACCCUUGAGAAUACCCCGUCAGGAAGCUCAGAAGAGGCCCAGGCAGGAACCUCAGCUGCUGCUAGCUCAUCAAGCAACCAAAAUCCACUUGAAGAAAAUCAAAGUAGCAGCUCUGAAGAGUGGAUAACAGAGCCUGAUGUUUACGAGGCAGCCAACAUGUUUCGACGUCACUUGCUCAACAAUGCUGAACUCAAACCAGGGUUGGUUGCCAGGCUUGAUCUCAGAUCCACUGAGGAAGAUCGUGAAAGAGAGAUUCAAACUUUCUACAAAAAAACUGGAAUUGACUGGGCAAGCCCAUUUUCUGUUAUACUGACUGCUAUUGGAGAUGGUGUAAAACGGCACUUCCUGUCUAUGGUGAUGGAAAAAAUCCAGUUUGGUUUCGACCUUGACUUCGAGAACACUAUCAGAACUCUUCUGUUCAAUGGGACAGGCGAUCACAAGGUCCCAUCCACUUCCAAAGCCCUGAUAGAUGGAGACCUUUUCCGAGUAGCUGGACGUGCCAUAGGACAUUCUUUUAUUCAUGGAGGUCCUCGAUUCACUGGACUGAGUCCAGCAAUGUUGCAGCUAAUUGUUGGAAGUAAUGAGGAGUUUGUGGCACCUGAGGUUGCUGACUGCCCUGAUACAGAUGUUGUUGAUGUAGUGUCUGUAGUAAGUGUCACUUGAAGUUGUUUUAUUGUCAUGACCCUUUUUGUUUUAUUCACUUGAAUUGAUUAUUCCUAUGCUAUCAUGCAAAUAUGUUUACUCGUAUUUAACAUAGCAUAGACCAUAAAAGUGGUAUACCAUUGCCUUACUUUAUUAAUUGCAGCUUGAUAGUCAGAGAGAACUGACCCCACAGGAACGAUACGAGGUGAACAACUUGGCCUUCAGCUGGGAUCUUCCUCCCA